GAAUGCAAGGCUGUAUCCAGCCCUCGUUUUCAGCUCAGACACGGAGGAGAGAUGAUAUCUCUGUAGCUCUAAGUACAUUUUUAAGAGGUUUAUCAACUGCAAGGUUUUGAAAUGGCUUCAGAAAGAAUAGAUUCCCCUGAGCUUCCUGAUUUUACAAUAUUAAAAAGACUGGCUCGAGAUCAGCUAAUCUAUAUUUUGGAGCAGCUACCUGGAAAAAAAGACUUGUUUAUUGAACCAGAUUUGAUGAGCCCAUUAGAUCGCAUUGCCAAUGUCUCAAUAUUAAAGCAACAUGAGGUGGACAAACUGUAUAAACUGGAGGACAAGCCCAUUUAUAGCAACUGUGACCAAUUGUGUUUUUUGAUCAGACCACGCAUCAAGCAUGUGAAAUUUAUUGCUAAUCUUGUACGUUCAGAUAAAGCUUCUGCAAGAAACCGGAAAUACAAAAUUAUAUUUAGUCCUCAAAAGUUUUAUACUUGUGACAUGGUACUAGAGCAGGAGGGGAUCUUCGGAGAUGUUACAUGUGAUGAGUGGUCCUUCUAUCUUCUUCCACUGGAUGAUGAUAUUAUCAGUAUGGAACUGCCUGAAUUUUACAGAGAUUAUUUCCUAGAAGGGGACCAACGCUGGGUUGGGACAGUGGCAAAAGCUCUUCAUUUGCUGAAUUCCAUCUUUGGUCCAGUUUCAAAGACCUAUGGUAUAGGACGGUGUUCUAAGAUGGUCUUUGACUUGUGGAGAGAUCUACUAGAAGACGAUGAACAUGAUCAAAAAGACAGACGAUCUGAUCUGGGGCUUGUCUUUAUGAUUGACAGAGAUGUGGACUAUGUGACUCCUAUGUGUUCCCAAGUUGUUUAUGAAGGACUAGUUGAUGAUAUUUUCCGCAUAAAAUGUGGAAGUGUUGAAUUUGGUCCAGAGGUUACUUCAUGUGAUAAGAGUAUAAAGGUCCUUCUAAAUUCUCAAGAUAAGGUUUUUAAUGAAAUCCGUAAUGAACAUUUUUCCAAUGUUUUCAGUUUCCUGAGUCAGAAAGCUCGCAAUUUACAAUCACAGUAUGAUAAACGUCAAGGAAUGGACAUCAGGCAAAUGAAGACAUUUGUGGCCCAAGAAUUAAAAGGUUUGAAGCAAGAGCAUCGCCUUCUGAGUCUGCAUAUUGGAGCCUGUGAGUCGAUUAUGAAAAAGAAAACAAAGCAAGAUUUUCAGGAACUGAUGAAAACUGAGCACUCAUUAUUAGAAGGAUUUGAAAUACGAGAAAGCAUCAGCUUUAUAGAAGAGCAUAUCAACAGACAGGUCUCUCCCAUUGAAAGUUUACGCUUGCUGUGUCUCCUGUCAAUCACAGAGUAUGGUUUAAUAACCAAGGAUUAUCGCUCACUGAAGACACAAUACCUGCAGAGUUAUGGUCCAGAGCAUCUGCUAACCUUCUCAAAUCUGAAACGAACAGGGCUGCUUACAGAACAAGCGCCAGGGGAAACUCUAACUGCUGUUGAAAACAAAAUGAGCAAACUGGUCACAGACAAGGCUGCGGGCAAGCUUACAGAUGCCUUUUCAUCUCUAGCAAAGAAGAGCAAUUUUAGAGGAAUCGGCAAAAAACUUGGUUUGAUUCCUCGAGUAGAUGGAGAAUACGAUCUAAAGACCCCUAAAGACAUGGCUUAUAUUUUUAGUGGUGCUUACAUUCCUUUAAGUUGUAAACUCAUGGAACAGGUUUUGCAGCGCAAGGGUUGGACAGGUCUUGAAGAAGUCACCCGUCUACUCAAUGGAAAUGAAUUUGCAGAGCAACUAUGUGACCGUAAUUCCGGUUCCCAGAGGACCAUUGUAGCAGUUUUUCUUGGAGGAUGCACUUUUUCGGAAAUUUCAGCAUUACGGUUUUUAGGAAAAGAAGCAGGAUACAAAUUUAUCUUCUUAACUACAUCAAUAACAAACGGCGCUCGCAUGCUAGAGUCUAUGAUGGAGACAAAAUCUUAGCAUAACAGGGCAGCUUUUCAACCAGGCGUAAAUAUUUUACGAUUUUCAAACUUUGAGACCCCAGAGCCAUGACAUAAUAUUGGUUAGCCCUACAUCAGGAUUUCCUUGCCUUAGGGUUUAUCAAAAUAGAGUUUUGAUCCUCUUGUACUCGAAGAUCUGCUUCCCCCCUUGGACCUGGACAGUUCUCCCCAGCCUCCCCAGCAGUUCUCCUGAUGCCAAAGGAACCCAGUGCAUGUGCCACAGAAAGCUGAUGUCGAGGAAGUUUGUUAUACUUUCUGAGAUGCUGUGAAGUUUAAUAGGACUAUGACAAUUAUACAGUAUAUCAUUCCUUUCAGCAAACUGAGUCACUUUUUGUAAAUAUAUUAGAAAUUUACCAUUUUUUAAACUACUGUUAUUCCACUCUCUUCAACCUCAGCACAGUUUCUUUCCUGCUGGCCUACUACAAUUGUUUUUAAAAACAAAAGAUUGUAAUGUGUAUCCGGGAAAGAGAUUUCAGACAAUAUUCUAAUUAUGCUUUUUAACUGUACAUGUUCCCUUUAACAUGUAUACCCAUUUGUUCAAUGAAUAGAACAUACUUUUGUGCCUAUUGUAUUAAUCAUUAAAAUCUAUUGUUUGUUAUUUCUUGCACUAAACAGGGAAACUGAAGCAACUCCAUGUAUGUUUCUUGUGAGGUAGAUAAUUACAUUACCAGUAUACAAUCCCCUCCCUUUGUUGUGAAUGUAUUCUUAGCAGGAGCCCAAGGCCUAUUCAAUCUACUCAUAUAGAAAUGCAGGUACACUGCCCCUUGGAGUAGCAGAGGUUUUACUACACAGGGCUGAUGUACAUGUGGUGGCAUAAAGCUGUCUUAUCCAAUGAUAUCAACCCACUGUCCCAAUAGUUAUGAAGCUCUCUGCAAAUGUAUUUAAUAAAAGGUAAUGUAAAGCAGACUUUUAAAUAAAUGAUGUUUUUCAAUUUAAACUAAAGCAGAUUCUUUCAGGUCUUAUUUUGUAAGUAUUUAUUAUGCAGUCUCCUCUCCCAUUCCAUCUGCCAGUCUCAAUAAAAAGUAUAAUGACAG